GGAAAUGUUUCCUGUUUUGUUUACUUUAUAAGUUCGCUGUCCCCGAUAUAUAUUUUUCAAAGUCUGCAAAGUUGCAGUUGGGCGACAGACUCACAACUUGAUCUCUUGAUUUCGUUUAUGAGAUUUGUAAUUUUACUUGUGUCUUUAGUAUAUACUCCAGUAUAAAUCUAUAAAUCUAUCGCAAUGAUUUUCCCCUCCAUCAUUCUCGCGCUCUUCACCCUCAGCACCGCUCUCCCACAAUCUCCUACAGACACCAACAUCACCAAUAACCCAGGAUCCUGGCACCGUCUCCCACCCAUUCCUCUCUACCCCCGUCAAGAACACACAACCGUGUAUCUAGACCCCUACAUCUACAUUCUCGGCGGUAUCAUCACCUCCUACUCCACCAGCGAUCCCUAUCCCACCACAACCCUCAUGCAGCGCUUCUCCCUACACACCAAUACCUGGACCCGAGCCGCCGAUCUCCCCCUCCCCCUCAACCACGCCAACGCCGCCAUCCUCAACGGCGCCAUCUAUCUCCUCGGCGGACUCACCCCCGAUCCCAACGGUAUCUGGAUCGCCAACCCCUCCUGUUUCCGCUACGAUCCCAGCAGCGAUACCUGGACCCAGCUCUUCACCUCCAUUCCCUCCAGCCUCCAAAUCGGCGCUGCAGCCGUAGCCCGCCGAGGAAAUACCAUCUAUCUCGCCGGCGGACUCACCUACCUCAACGUAUCCGAAACCUACCAACCCAGCGUCUCCUAUUUCACAGCAUACACCUCCGGAUUCGAGCGCUGGACUUCACUCCCUGCGCUUCCGCAAGCGAGAGAUCACGCCGGAACCGGAUUUCUCGGGGACAAUGGCCCGUUUUAUGUUAUUGGCGGGAGGGCAUUUGGUCGUGACAAUGUGGUGGAUACGAACUAUAUGUAUGAUUUCCAGAAGGGGAAGUGGAGCGAGAAGAAAAAAAUGCCGACGUCGAGGGGAGGGGUUGCGAGCGCGGUGGUGGGAGAGAAGAUUUUUGUCAUGGGCGGGGAGGGAAAUCCAGAGAGCAAGAGUGGAGUUUUUGAGGAGAAUGAGGCGUAUGAUACGGGGAGGGAUCAGUGGAGGAGUUAUGCGCCGAUGGAUGUUCCGAGGCACGGAACAUCCGGCGUCGCCGUCGGGAACAAAAUCUACGUUCCCGGUGGAGGAUUGACAGAAGGAGGGGACCCCACGGAUUACUUUAGUUAUUUCGAGGUUCCUUGAUUGAGUUGAUGGUAUUGCUUGAUAUGGAGAACAUUAUCACUGCAAGUAUGGAAUACGAUAGGUAGGCGAGAAGAGAGGUGGGAAUCAGGAUCUAGCGUCAAGUUAGCUAAAAUUUGGUCAAGUGUUGCAUAUAUUUCAUGUGAUACGAUGUGAUGUGAUGUGAUGUACUGUAUACAGCGAGAUUUGCGCGGCUGGAACUUGGAUACAAAUGAAUAGGUGUGGUUUGAACGGUAAAUACAUAUAUAUAUACAUACA